AUGACUUGCUUAAAUGACUUCGUAAGCAGCAGCCUGCGCAGUAGCAGCAAAAACAUAAUAAUAGCGUUGCAUAAAUUUAUAUACCAAGAAGAAGGUGAUAGAAAUAAUCGAAAGAGAUUGAGAGAAUUUUCUGGAUUCGAUUACGACGAAAAUGACAAGGCGUAUGCAAGCAAAUGCGAAUAUAUUAAAAAUAAUUUGACUGAACGUGAUUUGGUUUCAAUUUGUAUUGUACUAAAUAUAAGUUAUUGUGUUAAAGAUGUACAACUGCACAUAUUUCGAAAUCUACGUAAAAAUUUUUUGUUGUCCGAAAACGCAAACGACGAUGAAUGUAAUGACGAAGAAGGAGAUGAAGAAGUCGAUGAUGAUGAUGACGAAGAAGGAGAUGAAGAAGUCGAUGAUGACGUUGACAGUAAACGCACUUUCAGAGGCAAUGAACGCGAGUUUAAAAAAUCUCGUGACGAUAAUGGCAAUAAAAUGUUUGAAGUGGAUGAUAAUAAUAAAGCAGCAGCGUACACACGUACAAAAUUUUUACAAAGAGAAGCACCAAAAUUUGCAAUGAACUUUCGCGAUAUAGAGGACUCAAUUAGACCAUUUGAUGGCACAAAUAUCAUUUCGGUAGAAAGGUGGAUUGAAGAAUUCGAGGAACAAGCUGCACUAAUGUGUUGGGAUGGGUUUCAAAAACUAGUGUUUGCAAAAAAAUCUCUUAGAGGCAUUGCUAAACUUUUUAUUUUGAGUGAAAGAGAUAUCGCAUCUCGCGGCAAUAUCGAAGACGAAGCGCUGAUUCAGUAUAUAAUAGAUGGAAUUAGAGACGGUUAUGUAAAUAAAAUGAUACUAUAUGGUGCAAAGAACCUUAAUGAAUUUAAAGACAAAUUAAGAUCAUAUGAAACAAUGUGUGAAAAAAGUAAGCAAGUUAACGAUUUUAAACAAAGCGAAAAGAAAAGUUUCUCAACAAAUAAAACAGAAGUGAAAUGCUACAAUUGUGGUGAAAAGGGACAUUUGUCCAUGAAUUGCAAAAAUAAAAAUCGAGGUACUAAAUGCUUUAAGUGCAACCAGUACGGACAUAUUUCUAAAAACUGUGAACAAGCCGAAAACAAAAUAAAUACGCGCAGUUUACAGCAAAAAAACAAUUUAACUACCAAAUCCAUUUUUAUUGGCAAUUUACAGUGCGCAGCCCUAUUCGAUACAGGCAGUAAAUUUAAUAUAAUUCGCGAAGACUUAUACAACAAGUUGAAUAAGCCUAUCUUAGAAAAAUGUAACGUAUGUUUAAUUGGUUUCGGUAGUGAUCGCAAUUCAAAUAGGAUUAAACCAAUUGGACAUUUUAAAAACUUAAUUAAAAUUGACGAUAAUGAGUUCAUAUUAGAUUUUUAUGUCGUUCCAAUUCGGUGCAUGGACUUACAAGUGAUCAUUGGCGAAGAACUAUGCUUAUACGCUGAAAUUUUAUUUAAUCGUGAUGGUAUAAACGUUCGUAAAAUCCUCGACGAAGACGAUCCCAUAGACGAAGAAGCUAAAAUAAUGAAAAUUGACUUAGUAAAUGACAACAAAACGAUUGAUAUCGACAAAACCGCUAGUGAGAAUGCGAGACGACAGGUACGUGAAAUGAUCAUAAAUUAUCAGCCGAAUCAAUGUAAAACAACACAAGUGGCGAUGUACAUAGUGCUCAAAGACGAAACACCCAUUUAUUCCAGGCCGCGUAGAUUACCGUUCACGGAGAGAUGCAUUGUGGAUGAGCAAGUGGAACAGUGGUUGAAAAGUGGUGUAAUUGAACGAUCGGAGUCAGAAUUCAGUAGCCCAGUUGUAUUGAUAAAAAAACGCGACGGUACACCACGCUUGUGUAUUGACUUUAGAAGAAUUAAUAAAGUAUUGGUGAAAGACCGUUUUCCGUUGCCACUAAUAGAAGACCAACUCGAUCGGCUACAAAGUGGUAAGGUGUUCAGUACAAUUGACUUAAAGAAUGGAUUUUUCCAUGUGCCCGUGGCAGAAUUAUGUCGUAAAUACACGUCAUUUGUUACACAUAAUGGACAAUAUCAAUUCUGUAGAGUGCCAUUUGGAUUGUCGAACUCACCAGGUGUUUUUCAAAGACAUAUAAACGCGAUAUUUCGUGAAUUAACUAAUGAAGGUAUAGCUUUACCAUACGUUGAUGAUAUCAUUAUACCCGCAGCAAAUGAAGAACAAGCCGUACAAAACCUAAAAGUUGUAUUACAGCGGUGUGCAGACUUUGGACUUGAAUUGAAUUUUAAAAAAUGCAAGUUUCUAAUGAGAAAAGUGGAAUUUCUAGGGCACACAAUACAAGAUCAAAAAAUAUCACCGUCAGAAGUUAAGGUUGAAGCUCUACGCAAAUACAAAUUGCCGCAAACAUUAAAACAAUUGGAAAGUUUUCUUGGGUUGGCGAGUUAUUUUAGAAAAUUCAUACCUAAAUUCUCGCUAAUUGCCAAGCCUUUAACAGAUUUAAGGAAACAAAAUGUGAAAUUUGAAAUAAAAGAUGAACAGAUUACUGCAUUUAAUACGUUGAAGACCAUCUUAAGCGAAAAACCGGUACUAAACAUUUUUAAUCAAAAAUCUGAAACGGAAGUGCAUACAGAUGCUUCGAUAGAAGGAUAUGGAGCCGUUUUAUUGCAAAAAUCACCAGACGACGAACAAUGGCAUCCUGUGUAUUAUAUGAGUAAAAAAACCACUGACGCACAAAGAAAAUAUACAAGUUACGAACUAGAAAUAUUGGCUGUUAUUGAAGCUUUCAAAAAGUUUAGAGUAUACAUUCUGGGUAUGCAUUUUAAGCUCGUUACUGAUUGUAACGCAUUUGCGAUGACAUUGGGAAAGAAAGACUUGUGCACGAGAGUAGCCCGUUGGAUAUUGUUCUUAGAGGAGUACGAUUACGAAGUUCAGCAUCGUGUUGGUUCGCGAAUGAAGCAUGUUGAUGCUUUAAGCCGCUACGCCGUUAUGUGCAUAGAUGAAGAUAAUAUUCUUUCUAAAAUACGGAGAGCACAGAUGCAAGACGAAAACCUGAAAACGAUAUCGGAUAUUCUACAAGAAAAAUCUUCAUACAACGAUUAUUUUAAGAAAGGAGAGUUGUUGUAUAAGCUGAGAAAUGACCAAGAACUUAUUGUUGUACCUAAGAGUAUGCAGCGUGAAAUAAUUAGACAUGCACAUGAAAAGGGACAUUUUGCCGUAAAAAAAAACAAGUGA